AUGGAUGAACUAUCCUCUAUCCAAAACAGAGUUACGGACCAAAAGGAUGCCAGUCAAGUGAGAAGCUAUGAAGUGGAUACUGGCGAAAUUGAAUUUGUUGAACAGGGAAGCGUAUACCCAGCCAAUGAUGUCGAAACUAAAGAGAGUGAAGAAUCUGUCGAUCGUAUGCUGAAGUAUGGUCCAGAGGAAAUUCUCAAACCUUCUGCUGAGGACUCUCCAUUGCCUGAGGUGCGAGCAGUUGUAGACCCUUAUGAUGAUGAACUUCUUCCUGUCAACACCUUUCGGGCUUGGUUCCUAGGUAUUAUUUUUACCAUUGUGGGUUCAGGAAUUAACCAAUUUUUUUCGAUGCGUUAUCCUGGUGUUACAGUUUCGGCUUUGGUUGCACAAUUGGUCUCUUAUCCUUGUGGUCAGUUUCUUGCUAGAUUUUUGCCGACCAGAACAUUUGAUCUUGGUAAAUUGGGAAAGUUCUGUUUAAAUCCUGAUAGGCACUUCAAUAAAAAGGAGCACACAUUGAUCACUAUUAUGGCCAAUAUUUCCUUUACUUCAUCUUGGGCCACCGAUGUUAUUCAAGCACAGUAUAUUUAUGGAAUGCAAGUUCCAGCGGGAUAUCAAAUUCUUAUGGUGCUUACUUGUCAGCUUUUUGGUUUGGGUGUUGCUGGUCUUUUCAACCCAAUUCUUGUAAAAGACCCCUUCAAUUAUUGGCCAAGCACCUUGGCCAAUGUAGCACUUUUUGAAUCUAUUCAUAGUAAAGUUAAUCCAAUUGCCAAUGGUUGGAAUGUGACCCGAAUAAGGUUUUUCUUGAUAGCAUUCACCUGUUCCUUUGUUUAUUAUUUCUUUCCUGGAUUCUUGGCACAAUUCUUAUCCUACUUCACCUGGAUCUGUUGGAUUGUUCCUAAUAAUGUUGUUGUUAACCAAUUAUUUGGUCAGAUUCAAGGUUUAGGCUUUAGUCCUAUUACUUUUGACUGGGCCCAAAUUGCUUAUGGUAACGGCUCUCCUCUCUUGAUUCCAAUGUCAUCCCAAGUUAUGGCGAUUGCAGGCUGGCUUAUUUUCUUUGGUAUUCUUCCUUUGGUUCUCUACUAUACGAACACUAUGUACUUUGCAUACUUGCCAAUGUCCUCUUCAACGGUGUAUGAUAAUCAAGGCAAUGAGUACAAUGGUUCUAGGGUUCUUAAUUCGAUUAGCAAAGCCUUAGAUGAGCAAAAAUAUCAAGCCUAUUCUCCUCCUUUUUUGGCUUCAACUUAUGCCAUAGCAUAUAGUACAUCCUAUGCCGUGUUGACAUCUUCGAUUGUUUACAUUGUACUAGAGCAUGGAAAGGAUAUUUACUCUUGUUUUCGAGGACACCAAGAGAAAGAUGUGCAUGUCAGAGCAAUGGAAAAAUAUCCUGAAGUACCAAGGUGGUGGUAUAUUGCUCUAACUAUCGCUGUGUACGUUGCAACAAUCAUCACCAUGGAAAAGUACGAUUCCAAAUGGCCUGUAUGGGGCAUCACUAUUGCUCUAUUGAUGGUCAUAGUUUUCAUUCUUCCAAUAGGCGUUGUUUAUGCACGUACCAAUAUUAACACAAAUUGUAUGACUGUUUUGGGACAGAUAGUCGCAGGUUAUGCUUUAACUCCUCCAAAGCCAAUUGUUUCUCUUGCUUGGAAGUUCUACGCAUAUACGGGAGUUUCUCAGGCAAUGGCUUUCUCGCAGGAUAUGAAGCUUUCCUACUAUAUGAAAGUUCCAAAGCGCACCAUAUUUUGGGCCCAGUUCAUUUCAUGCUGUAUUGGCGCAUUUGUUCAAGUUGGAAUUCUCAUAUUUAUGUUGAAUAAUGUUGAUGGAAUCUGCACUACUGAUCAGGCAGACCAUUUUGUUUGCCCCCAAGGCAGAACCAAUUUUGCUGCUUCGGUCAUCUGGGGAUUGGUUGGCCCUAGACGACUCAUUAGUCCAGGUAAGAUUUAUUCAGGCUUUUUGCAUAUGUUCUGGAUUGGAGCAGUAGUUACGGUUCUUGUCUGGGUUCUGAAGAAGAAAUUUCCAAGAAACAAGUACAUAAAUCUUAUCAACCCAGUUGUGUUCUUUGGGGCUAUGGGUAAUUAUCCACCUGCCACUGGUUUGAAUUAUACUUCAGCCUUUGUGGUUAGCUGGGUUUUCAACUAUUACAUCAAGAAAAGAUGGGGUAACUGGUGGAUGAAGUACAAUUUUGUGCUUUCCUGUGCCUUAGACGUUGGUGUUGCAGUUUCAGGUAUUAUUAUCUUUUUUUGUAUUCAAUAUCCAGGGGCCUCUCUUAAUUGGUGGGGUAACGAGGUAUUUGACAAUACUGCAGAUGGAAAAAUGACCUCAUGGAAGCCGUACCAUCGAAUGGAUAUUUUGGACCCUCAAGAUGGUCUUGAAGUGUAUCAUUUUUUAAUUAUUCUUUGA